AUGAGGAUCAAGUCUGCGCUGCCCAAAUAUGAGCUCUAUUUCUACAACCUGGUGCUGUGCCUGGCCAUGUUCUGGGCUGCCAGCUGGAUCUUUGAGGUGUCCAGUUCCAAUGCAAACAGAAGGACAUUCAAAUCCAGCGUGAGGCCAGGAUGGCACUACUUUGGGAGAAAAAUGGACACUGCUGACUUUGAGUGGGUGAUGUGGUUUUCCACAUUCAGAGAGCACAUCCUGUUUGCUCUCGCAGGCCACGUAUUCUUCGCCAAGAUCUGCUCCAUGCUGGCUCCACAGUACAGGUCUUUGGUGUAUAUGGUGUAUGGGCUGCUGGCUGUGUGGACCAGUAUGGGCUGGACCUACAUCUCUCUCAUCCUGUCCCACUGCAUCCUGCUCUACAGCAUCUCCCUAGUGAAAACCCGCUGGCUUUGUUUUGUCACUGGUCUUUGUACCCUUGCUACAUUUAAGUGCGAACCCUUUGUGUCCUGGCAGGCUGGUUUUGUGGAGGGGGACUUUGAGCUGCGUCAUGUUCUUUUCUAUGGAGGUUGCGGGUUUACGAUCAUGCGCUGUAUGAGCUUUGCACUGGAAAACUGUGAAAGAAAAGAUGGAAACUUCAACAUCCUGGAGCUGCUCAAGUACAACUUUUACCUCCCCUUCUUCUAUUUUGGCCCCAUCAUGACCUUUGAUAAAUUUUAUGUUCAAGCCAACAGGUUGGACCUGACCAGGAAAGAGCGUGAGAUGUGGAAUAUCAGUCUACAGGGCCUGAUCCACCUGGGAGUCAUCAUUGUAGUGGACAUUCUCUUCCAUUUCAUGUACAUCCUCACCAUCCCAACUGACAUGAAGCUGCUGAAGCGCCUCUCUGACUGGGCUCUAGUUGGACUGGCUUACUUUAAUGUGGUGUAUGACUGGGUGAAAGCAGCUGUCAUGUUCGGAGUCAUCAACACGGUAUCCAGACUGGAUCAUCUAGACCCACCCAAGCCACCAAAAUGUGUCACUAUGCUCUAUGUGUUUGCUGAAAUGCACUUUGACAGAGGAAUCAAUGACUGGCUGUGCAAGUAUGUGUAUGACUAUCUGGGUGGAAGGCAUGAGAAUGUGGUGGAGGAGCUGGUGGCUACACUGUGCACCUUUGGCGUUACCAUUCUCUGGUUGGGACCCUGUCAGGCGGUGCUGAUCUGGGCUGGCUUUAACUGUUUUGGGCUCAACUUUGAGCUGUGGGCUUCCAAGUUUUUCUCCAUGGAGCCUUUUGCUUCUUUUGAGAAGGCAAUGUCAGAAGCAACUUCCCGCCGCAUCAGAGCCAUCUUCAAUACAUUUAACUUCUGGAGCAUUGUGCUGUACAGUGUUCUGGGCUUGAACAGUUUGGACUUUGCCGACUUGGUUGCCAAACGGCUGCUUCUCAAAGGCUUCCCUAUAACCACUAUCAUCACCAUGUUUGUGACCUACUGCCUGAUUCAAGUGAUUAAGGAGCGAGAGAGGAGACAAGCCCUCAUGGAUGAUCCUGAUCCUGUCCCUCCCCCAAACAGCACCACAAGCCCGACCAGCACUGAAGCGGCACCUGCUGCUGCUCAGCCAGUCACAGAUUCCAGCAAAGAAAAAGUCCAGUAG